UUUCUAUACCAAUUUACAUAUUUGUACAUUUAAUGGAGGAUAUAUAAAACUGGCAUUCUUGAAAGUUCAGCCAGUUUUCUUUGGAGAAUUAAAACGCACAAGUCAUUCAAUUAAUAUCGGUAUAUAUCCAUUAUGGGUGAAAUAAAAGUACAAAUAGCUGAAGGAAAAUUGAUCGGAGUCGUCGUAGAUGGCUACAACGUUCGUUACUUUGCCUUUUGCGGAAUACUAUAUGCCAAACUUCCAGAUGGCGAACUAAGAUUUAAGUGGAACCAUGGUGAAAGAGACGCGACAAAGUAUGGAAACAUAGCUGUUCAAGUAGAGCUUGUCAAACACAAAGUUAUAGGAAAUGAAGAUUGCCUUUAUUUAAAUGUAUAUAUUACAAAAAUCGAAUCCUCGAAAGAGCAUCCGGUAAUGGUAUGGAUACAUGGUGGUGCGUUUAUUAUAGAUUCCGGUGAUGCAGCUUGGUACGAUCCUGAUUAUGUCGUACAAAAAGACGUAGUAACUUUGAAUUAUAAGUUAGGCGUUUUAGGUUUUCUAAACCUCAACAAUAAAGUUGCAGCAGGUAAUCAAGGUCUAAUAAAUGUAAUCUUAGCGUUAAAAUGGAUCCAAAAAAAUAUAUUAAAAUUCGGUCCAGGAAAUAUCACAAUUUUUGGAGAAAUUACUGGUGGAGCCAUUACACGUUGUCUAGCUCGGUCUCCUUUAUCAAAAAGUAUAGUCCAUGAACUUCUCAAUACAAAAUUCUUGUUUCUCAUUCUAUUUUAAAUAUAUUGACAAAUUUGAACUCGAUUUAAUAGAAA